AUGAAUCCACCCCUCAAACAAAAUGGGAUUCGGGAGUUCCUUAAGCUCCAUUGUAUUGAUAUCAUGGCUAUCUUGGAAACGAAGUUGGAGGAGCGAAAGUUGAUGAGGAUUUUGAGAAACAAGUUCAUUGGCUUUUCGCAUGCAAGCAACUUUACUACUCACAAAGGUGGACGUAUUUUGAUUUUGUGGAAUCCAUCCAAAGUCAUUUUGGAUGUGAUGGAGGUUCAUCCACAAAUCAUUCAUUGUAAAGCUACUUGCAAGGUAACUUCCUUCUCCUUCCUUGUUAGUUUUGUUUAUGGCUUCCACACUAUGGUUUGUAGAAGGCCUCUUUGGGAAAACAUCAUGGACUUCAACACAAAUGUUGCAUUGCCUUGGAUGAUUUUGGGGGACUUCAACAACGUCCUUAAAUUUGAUGAGAAAAGUAACGGGGCGGAUAUCACCCCUUAUGAAAUCAAAGAUUUUGCAAAUUAUUGCCUUCAAGUGGGACUAACGGAUGUACGGUCUAUUGGUUGCUUCCUCACAUGGACCAAUGGCUCGGUUUGGAGCAAAAUUGAUAGGGCUAUGAUCAAUGAUAUUUGGGUGCAAAAUGGGCCACAUAUCGGUGCAAAUUUUCUUCCCUCCGGUUGUCUUUCCGAUCAUUCACCUUGUAUUGUUUCCUUUGAUGAUUGUAAGUUGAGGAAACUUAAGGUUGCUCUCAAGGAGCUCAAUUCUAAACAAUGUACAAAGUUCUUUCAUUCCAUUGUCAAACGAAACUCUCGAAGGAAUUUUAUUGCUACAAUUAUUAAAGAGGAUGGGGAGUCUUCUACUUCUCAACACCAAGUUGCUUCGGAAUUUGUAAAAUUCUAUACUUCAUUGCUUGGAACUUAUUGCCCUUCUCGACCGAUUCAAAGGGAGAUCAUCACUAAUGGUCCGUUAGUCUCAUUGGAACAAGGUAACUCUUUGAUCCAGGAGAUUACCUAUGAUGAAGUUAAAGAAGCACUUUUUGAUAUCGGAGAUGAUAAAUCUCCCGGUCCGGAUGGUUACACUUCUUGUUUUUUCAAGAAUGCAUGGGGGAUUAUUGGUGAUGAGUUUGUGGAUGCAAUCAUGGAGUUCUUCUCUUCGGGUUCUAUGCUUAAACAACUCAACCAUUCCGUUAUUGCUUUGGUGCCUAAGUCGGAUCAUGCUUCUCAUGUUGGGGAUUUUAGACCUAUUUCUUGUUGUAAUGUGAUCUAUAAAGUGAUCACCAAAAUUCUUGCAUCUAGAUUGAGACCUAUAUUGGGGGAUAUUAUUGACCAAGCACAAGCUGCCUUCAUUGAAGGUAGAAGCAUGACGGAAAAUAUUCAUCUUGCUCAAGAGCUUAUGAGGCAAUACAAUAGGAAGCGAGUCUCUCCGAGAUGCCUCCUUAAAAUUGAUAUUAGCAAAGCUUUUGACUCGGUUAGUUGGGACUUUCUCAAGAGUGCUCUUGAAGGGUUAAAUUUUCCUUUGACAUUUGUUCAAUGGAUUAUGGAGUGUGUUACCACUCCGACAUAUUCGGUUGCUUUGAAUGGAAGUAUGCAUGGUUUUUUCAAAGGCGGGAAAGGCCUUCGGCAAGGUGAUCCACUUUCCCCUUUCUUGUUCGUGAUUUGUCUUGAAUAUUUUUCUAGAAUGAUCAAGGAUGCUACAAGUGAUAGUGAUUUUAAUUAUCACCUAAAAUGUGGUCCCCUCGAGAUAACCCACUUGGCUUUUGCGGAUGACUUGAUGCUUUUUGCAAGGGGUGAUGCUAUGUCCGUUGAAAUUAUAAUCGACUGCCUUGACAAAUUUGGUUUAGCAUCGGGUCUAAAGAUCAACACUAUGAAAUCCAGCAUCUACACAGCUGGAAUUUUUGGGUAUGAGCUUCAAACUAUCAUGGAAAUCUCAAAUUUUUCGAAAGGAUCUAUGCCUUUUCGUUACUUGGGUAUUCCUCUUGCAUCGGAGAAGCUCAAAGUGAGUUCUUAUGCACCGUUUCUUGAAAAAAUAGCGGGUUAUAUUGGAGCUUGGAGUUGUGCAUCUUUAUCCUAUGCCGGCAAGUUGGAACUGAUUAGGGCCGUGCUUCAAGGUGUUGAAUGUUUUUGGCUUUCUAUCUUCCCCAUUCCGGCUACAAUUAUUUCGAGAAUUGUUAGCCUUUGUCGGAACUUCCUUUGGAGAUCAAAAAAGCCAUUGGUUGCAUGGAAGAAUCUAUGCCUUCCGAAAACGGAAGGGGGGCUUGGAUUGAAAGACUUGAAGACUUGGAAUUUCGCGUUACUUGCUAAAUCCCUUUGGAACAUCCACAAGAAGAAGGACACCUUAUGGAUUAGAUGGGUUCAUCAUGCUUAUCUUAACGGCACUUGUAUUUGGGAGGCUCGUCCUAAAAAGGAUCACUCCCCACUUUUCAAGAAAUUACUUGAAAUCAGGGAUUUUAUUUCUACCAAAGAAGCUGGCCAGCACACGGUAAUUUCGAGACAGCAACAGGAAACGGGGGCCCAUCAUUUUCAGAUUGAUCAGGGGGUUAACGAGGACAUGUCCAGUGAUGGAAGGGCAUUAAAUGGACGGUUUUUUGGAGCUGGGAGUGCUCUGCACGACCAGAAUUUGGGCCCUUCAUUCAGCAGCAUUUCUGGCCGGCAGACAGCUUUCUUCGGUAGGCAGUUUUUUGAAUCUUCGACUCAAAAUCUAGGCUGUUCUGUGCAUGAUAAAUUCUCAACAAAAAUUGCCUAUGAAUACUUUAGGCAUAAAGGUACUUUGAAGCCGUGGGGAGGAGAAGUUUGGAAGCCGUGCAUCACUCCGAAGCAUUCUUUCUUACUUUGGUUAGCAGCCCAAUCAAAGCUACUAACUAAAGACAAACUACUCUUCUUGGAUAUUGAUCGGAGGUGUGUCUUUUGUGGACUUUUUGAGGAAACUUGUGACCAUCUAUUCUUUAAGUGCUCCUUCACUUUCUCAUUAUGGGGAAGCAUUAGGAGAUGGCUUGGCAUCACAAGAUCUAUGUCUACACUUGCCAUUGCGCUUAAGUGGAUGAAAAAGGAGAAUCGUGGAACUUCGUGGCUGACCAAGACGAAGAGAGUUGCUCUUGCUAGCACAGUUUACUACAUAUGGCUUACGAGGAAUAGGAAGAUUUUUGAAGACCUCCCGGUCGACUUGGAUUCUAUUGCUAGAAGGAUCAAGACUCACGUAUACAAAAUCAUGUUUACUUUGUAUCCGGAUGUCUUGAUUCUUUAUGAAUCCUUGGCCAUGGAGCUUUGA